CCAACCGCCCGUUGCAAUCCAAAUGACCAACACCUCUCAUUAAGUUACCAUGUCUUCUGUGCAUGAACCAUGAGGCCAAAACAGAUCGCCUUACAUGCACAUAUUUUUUCCGAAUAUUGCAGCUUCCACGAUCUUCACAGCGCUGCAAUGAGAGGCUCUGCUGUCGGCAGGCAGGACAGCUAUCAACAACGACCGAGGGUGGGAGGAGAUAGGGUAUCAGAAACUCCGAGAGCAGACCACCAUGUCUGGUAGCGGACAGCCUUCCAGGGCAGCUAGCAAACGUCUUAUUGCAGCGCAGCCAUCGUCAACAAUGAUCCCAACUGUUCACAGGUCGUCUAUGUCGACAUCGCGAACGGAGAGCACACUAGUACCGAACUCCCAUGGCAACGAGAAGCCUUCUACACAUCAGCGGUUCGUUUUUACCGACCCAGUGGCUUUCAGGUAUCUCGAAGAAGAUCCAACAACGCAGGUUCUAGUACGCAGAACCAAGCUCGUCGGCUACGAGACAUACUUGGUCGAACAAUGGGCUUGCUCGCGAACGCACCCUACCUUCCUCAUUACGACCUACACCGGCGAGACAGCACACGAGAUUAUCUGCGGUGUUCUCAGCGUACCCAUAAAUGAGGACCUGUGGUCACCAAGACUGAAGACGUACUUUGAUGCCAUCCACAAGUACCAUGCUAGGCGACGGGAAACAGCACUAGGCACAAUAUGGAUUACAAAUCUGAGUGCUUUCCCCUCGUCCCUUACCGUCAUACCUGUGCCAGAAGGCGAUCCAAUCAAAUACCGAGAGGAUUUUUUCAUCAACGAGAAUUUGAAAAGGCUUGGAUGUUCAGGUCGCACUGCGUUGACUUUGGCAAAGCCAGCAAGUUCGACGGUAUCGAAGUUCUACCAGCUAUACCGGGCAAGCGAGAAGAUACCUUUUGGACAGGCGGUCCUUGAGUUGGUAAAGCUUUGUCAAGUUUCGCUUUUAUUGUUUGACAAGCUCGAACCGGAGUACUGCGACAGUCUUCUAUGUGAUAUGACGGAGAAGGCAUUGAACGACUGGUGGGUUGAAUUUGGCACCGAGUUUUACAAUAUCGAACCACACGAUGGCAUUUUAGGACCCACCACUGUAGCAGCUCUGAUGGGACUCGUUAUGGGCGCGAGAAACAGACUCCAUGCAUACGGCGCACCUGUACCUAAGGACGUAUUUGAGAUCGAACACAUGAAGAGAGCCAUAGCCUACUUUCAAAAGGCACAGCGGAUGCCAAAGACGCGUCGGCUAGACCAUGCAACACUGACCAGGCUUCAUAGAGUCACCGCGAAAGCAGCUAAUAACGAGGGAUGGAUUGUCCCACGUGCAAUUAAGGGUACUGUUGCGGAGCUGGGUGGCAAGGGCGGUGAAAUGGUCAUGGAUAUGGUCGGUGCAAGGGAUAAGUCUGGUAUCACUGAAGUUGAAACUCCGGAUAUUGAUCAAUUCAUCUCAUGCAUUGUUGGUGCUCGAGCAAAAUGGCUUUGGCUCGGGAAACCACGAAAAGGUCAAUCAUCCAGGGCUAUGUUCGACCGGCUUGUCAGCGAUACUCCAGUUGAAUUUCACAGUACAUCUGCCGGCGGAUACAGUCGGGCCGGUCGGCGCAAGGAGAGCACUGUGGAAUCUGCGAGAGAAGGUUUAGAUCGAACUAACACUGUGGAGAGCAUGAAGUCAAAGACUUUGAGCGAAGGCUCUCACCGCUUGUCGAAGCGACAUACUCUUGAUUCGGCACACAAGGAACAUGAUUCCACUCGCCAUUUGGGCAGAAUCAAAGACGCGGUCAGUUUACGUACACAUGGCUCAAUAACGCAUCCGAAAGAUGAUCAUGAUCAUGAUCGAUCCAAAGGUAGCGAAUCGCCAUAUCCGAGCCAAAUACCAGAAGCUGAAUUGCUAAGGGCAGACGAUCAUAUACAUCUUCAUCCAGUGAAGUCAACAGAUGCUGGUAGCCAAUUUUCGCGGAAUCCAAUGUUUAGGGGUAUUGUAGCGGAGAUGUCACCUGAUGCUCCGGAGGCACUUUCGUUCCAACAACAUAUCGAACCACCGUCCGAUGAGGAAAGAGAUGGCCAGAAUUUUCUGGAUGAACAGAUUGAAUUGAAAGUCGAUCGCAUGGAUCAAUCCUCGACGGCUUCCAUUGCACAAUCUCUGCAUAAUGACAUCGAUCUGGACGAAAUUCAUCCCGGAAAUCUGGUACCCGACCAUGACGUUGGUAGUCUUCUCAGACGCCGACACAGUUUACAAGAUUUUCGUGCAGAUUUGUCAAAACAACGUCACGAAGCUUUCUGGCCACGUACAAUAUCUUUCAGCAUAGCAGAGGACGCUAUCCUACGAUGGGAAUCCAUUAACAAAACCCCUGAACUGUCCGACAGUCUGGCACUCUCCACCACUACUGCUCAACUUGUGGCUUCUAGACAAAUCGCAGAAAGAGCCCUUAUCACCAGCCAACGUCUUCUAAGCCUUGAAACCACUCUGUCACCAUGGGUGCAGGAUUCCGUCAGUAGCGUGAAUCGACUGAUCAGCCUGGCCCGAAGUGACCAAGAAACUCUCGAUUCCCUUUAUUGCCCGCGCUUGGAAGAAUAUCGCGCCCUAGAAGCGCAUUCUCGGGGAGUGAUAGAGAUCCAGAAGGCACAACUCGAGGAAACAGUACGAGAAAUCGAGGUGUUAGGCGCAAAGUUGGAAUAUGAGAUCAAUGCGUUAAGGAGUAAAGUUGAUGAUGUCGAGGAUGGCGUUUCAGAAUUUGAAUUGCAGGUGCAAAGCCUGGAAAGUAGAGUUCAGGAGAUGGAACGAGAUCUGCAGCCGAAGGAAGGGUGGGCCAAUUGGUUGCUGAGAACUACGUUAGGGAUAGGACGCUCUCCCAAACCGAAAUGAGAGAAGACCGUGGAGUUCAUCGUUUUAGUGGAUCAGAUUGUUUCUUUGCACAAGGCUCUAUAGUCCUCCGUGCAUACCCUGCUUAUUCUUUCAGCAUUGCGGUGGCGCGGGAACUUUUAUAUUUUUUCCGCAUUAUGAUAACCUCCAGAGUUCUACGUCGACAAUAUUGAAAGCAAGGGUGAUUUUGUGUCAAGGUGGAUUUGUGUUGGUACACGGAAAGAAUUAUGUGAAGUAAUACUUCUGUUUUCGCAAAGUCAAUGUAGAGGCCUUACAUCUCCGAAGA